AUGUCCGAAGUCACUGUCUCUUUCAUUGUAAUCAACACGAUUGGAACAAGUGUUGGUACAUUUGUCAACUUGUUUCUGUGCUACGUGGCAAUAUUUUAUAGUCCUCCGAUUAUAAAAACCUACUCGAUAAUUCUCAUCAAUAUAACUCUAGCAAAUGCAGGAGCUUGUGUCACUGGAUUCUUGUUGCAAGAGAGAAUAAUUCAAGACAAAAAAUCCUUAUUUUAUGUUUCUUAUGGUCCUUGUUCGCUUUUGGGAGAACGAUUCUGUUUCAACGUAUUCGGUUGUCUUCUUCACUGUCACACCCAUGCUCUUUGGCUUGUAUUCCUCAGUUUUGCCUACCGUUACUAUGUGAUGAUAAAAAGAGAACCAAGUCGAUUAGCUCUUCAAUUAAGUAUUCUCAUUAUCUACAUCCCAUCACUAAUUCAACUCUUGGCAAUGUUUUCACAGGAAAUGGAUAUUGAGGAAAUUCGAAAUUUGCUUCAUGAAGCGUACCCAGAAUACAAUUUGACUGGAUUGACAGUCACUGGAGCAGUAGACAGCUUUCAGUUUGCUCCGCUGUAUACAUUGAUUCACAUGACUGUUAUCAGCACUCCAAUCUCAAUAGGAAUUCAUAUUCUCAAGAACAAAAUUGUUGGAUUGUUGCAAUCCAGAGGUGUUGAUUUGUCCUCAAAGACCAGGAAUCUGCAUGCUCAGCUGUUAAGAACCCUCAGAUUCCAAGCUACAGUACCCCUCAUCUACAUCUUCGGAGUCUUCUGUUUCUUCUCUUCUCAUUUCUGGAGUCAUCCCAUUAUCGAGUUCUUUACUGUCAUUCCUCCAUUACUUGUUCCUAUCUUGACACCAUUCUCUUGUAUUCUUUAUGUUACUCCUUAUCGUCAUUAUGUUUUUCGUUUCAUUUCACAGAAAGUACAUCCUAAAAACUCAGUUCAAACGACGAUGUCGAUGGUUUGCGUUGAUUGA